AUGGACGAAGAUGAAUCAAGCAUGGUUUCAAAUGCCAAAUUGAAAGUGGCACCAGCAGAAACUUCAAAUUGUGGCAACAGCAACUACCCGUUACGUGCUAGCAAACGUUCCAGGCACGAAACCAAUGCCUCGUUAGCAAGGUUUAAAGGGGUUGUGCCACAGCAAAAUGGACAUUGGGGUGCGCAAAUUUAUGCCAACCACCAGAGGAUUUGGCUUGGCACAUUCAAGUCCGAGAAAGAAGCAGCUAUGUCUUAUGAUAGCGCAGCGAUCAAGCUUCGAAGUGGAGAUUCCCAUAGAAAUUUCCCAUGGGCAGAGCACAACAUCCAAGAGCCUCUUUUUCAAAGCCUUUAUAGCACGGAAGAUGUCUUGAACAUGAUCAGAGACGGUUCCUAUCAAGCCAAGUUUGCAGAAUUUGUCAACAUUCUAUCUGAAAGGGAUGGGCUAUUGGGCAGCAAAAGUGUCAACAAAAAUAUGGUGCAUGGUGAUAUACAUUUUUCCUGUGUACAACUUUUCCAAAAGGAAUUAACUCCAAGUGAUGUCGGUAAGCUUAAUAGACUUGUGAUCCCCAAAAAAUAUGCUGUUAAGUACUUUCCUUACAUCCGUGAAAAUGAUGAAGAAAAUGUGGCUGGUGUUGGCGUAGAAGAAAUGGAGCUUGUUUUCUAUGACAGGCUAAUGAGGACUUGGAAAUUUCGGUAUUGCUACUGGAGAAGUAGCCAGAGCUUUGUUUUUACAAGGGGUUGGAAUCGAUUUGUCAAGGAGAAAAAAUUGAAGGAAAGAGACAUAAUCACUUUUCACACAUGUCACUGCCCUGCACUUGUGGAAAAAGAUGCUCUAAAUUUCUUCCUAAUUGAUGUAAAUUAUAAUGGUGAACAACGUUGCAUCAACGAGGACAAGGUCUCAAACGGAUUGGAAUCAUCACCACAGGAUUUGCAAGUGGAAUUGGGACUGAAUUUCUACUGCAGAAUUGACAAUUGUAACAGUCUGUUUAAUGAAGACAAAGGUCUCAGUGGAUUAAAGUCAUCCCAUGAUGUGGAGGAGAAAAGGGUUACUCUUUUUGGAGUUCAGAUUAAUUGA